CACGAGUCCAGGUGAGUCUUCCCCCUUGGUGGCUCCCCAUAGCCACGUCCCUUCUCCCUGACCUGCUCCCUGCAUUCUCCUGGUGGCUCCUGGGGUUUCUCCAGUCCGUGUCACAUCUCCUGUGUCCUUGUGUCCCUCUCCCAGGUCAGUGCCAGAAUGGUGGCACUUGGGAAAAUGGCAAGUGCGUGUGUCCUGGGGGGUUCGAAGGUGACCACUGCGAGGAUCUCAUCUGCCAAAACGGGGGCACCUGGGCCAGCGGCAUCUGCCAGUGCCCCCCCAAUUUCCAAGGGGACAGGUGCCAGAAUGUCCAGGACAUUGUGGAGAUCAAAAAUGUGACGAUUAAUGCGACGGUGGUGAUGACAACCAAAAUCGAGGGGAAAUUUGACGAUAAUCUCAAGAAUACAUCGUCAGAUGCUUUCCGGGACUUUAACAAAACAUUCCAGGAGCAGAUGCAGAAGCUUUAUAAGGAUAUCGAGGGGUACAAAGGUGUGGUGAUCAAAAACCUGAGCUCGGGCAGCAUCCAAGUGGACUAUGACGUCAAACUGGAGAUCCCUGCCACCUCCGAGGCCAACAAGACUGUGAAGACCAUCUCCGAGAACCUCGUGGCUGCCAUCCAAAACUACAACUGUAGCGAGAACUGCACAGGGAGCGACUGUGUCUGCUUCGUCAGCAACUUCACCUCUGUCGUCGACCUUAACAUGACACAGGUGGAAGAAAAUCUGUGCGACAGACAGACCCAGAUCAAGGAGGAGUUCAGAAGAUACUACAUGCCUUUCCUGACCAGCACUGGCGUCAUCUGCAUCACCCGCUGCGACAGCCGCCACACCGACUCCCUGCCCUGCGUCUACGGCCGCUGCUCCGUGAGCCAGGCAGGGCCGCAGUGCGAGUGCUCGGACAAGGUGGCCUUCUGGUACUGGGACAAAGCCUGCAGCUCCCGCAUCAGCAAGGUUGGGGUGGGCGUGGGCGUUCCAGUGGCCAUCCUGGUCCUGGUCACCACCACCUUCACCAUCCUCCUGCUGAGAUCUCGGAGGCAGAAGGAGCAGUACAGGAAGAAGCUGAGGUCCCGCUCGGAGCUGUACAGCAGCGAUGACGGCAACUGGGACGGAUCCCGAGGCUUUGCCAUGGGCAACCCGGCGGCCACCUGGGAAGACAUGGAGACCUCCAACAUCAGCUACAUCAACCUGGAGAGGGUGGACACCUCAAGGACGAUGCACAUCCAGAGACCCACCAUGGUCCCCUGAGUGAAACCACCUGAGGUCCAGCAGAGACAGGACACAGGGACACGAGGAUGUGGGGGUGACGAGAAUCAGGAGACCCACCAUCCUCUUCCUCCCCACGCAGAUGUUUGCACACAGAUUAUUUAUAAUUAAAUGCACACUUAGCAUCA